GCCGCUGGGCGCCGGCGCGCAGAGACACAAGUCGCUGAGCUCGAGUCCGGCUGGCGUGUGCUGCGGCGAAACGCCGCUCGACUUGACCCAACGAGCCUCGCCGGCGCCGGCGCCGGCGCCGGGACAGACGAACUAUGACGCGCAGCCGCUCGACUUGCGCGUUUCUACGCGUCUCCACGACGCCGGACUGCUCCACGCCAUUCUCGAGGGCUCGGCGUCCGAGUCCGCCUACUCCAUUUCGUCCACCCCCGACGGGAUCAAACCGCCGGGACAAGCGCAUCUGCCGCCACCGCCGCCGCCGCCGGGACCGAUUGCGGUUCUCUUUCAGCCGCAAUUCUGCCGCUCUGGCCCGUCAGCCUCGCCGGAGCUCGGGCCCGGCACCGGCGCCGGCGCCAAACGCGGUCUGCAGCCGCAACGCGAAGAGCUGCAGCGCCGCGUGAUGCCGCGAACCUCCGGCUUGGCGACGGCGACGGCGACGGCGACGUUGAUCGGCCGUGUCGGGCCGAGUCGACGUUCGUCCAGCUGCUGUACCAUGUCUGCGACGGAGUCGAGCGAUCCGGCCGUUGGGCCUCGCGUCGGCGGCCGCAACUCGUCAGAGUCGCGCGUCUCUUCGACCCAGACGACACCGACGCCAACCGCGACGGUGGCGAUGCCGACGGCGACGGCGACGGCGUUGUUCUCGGCUGCGCAGGCCUCACGACUCUGCUUCGCCGGCGAGGCGGACAUGGCGACGGCGACGUCGACGGUGAAGGCGACGGCGACAGCGACGGCGAAGGAGAAGGAGAAGCGCGACUCGGAGCUCGAGACGAACGGCGUCAGCGAUGACGUCUCGUCGACGUCGCAGUGCUCUUCUGGUUGUCCGGGCCAGUCGAGGCCGGUCGACGCGGGUCCCGGCGAACCGGCGACGGGCUCGGACGCCGGCAAGAUUGUGCCCGACACGACGAGCAGACCGUCGGCUUGGCCGACGGCGAGGCUGACCGACGCGCAGGCGAGUUCGAGUCCGGCCGGCCGCCCAAGAGGCGUGCGAUCGCGCGACUCGAGGCCGGGCGCUGAGACGCUGCGAAAGAGAGACGAGUCGGCCGACAGCCCUCGACGUCGGUUCACGUCGAUGCCGGCCGUCCUUUCGCGUAGCAAGUCGCUGCGACGCAGCUUCAAGCCGCUCGGCCGUCGAAAGACGCAAGAAGACGUUGAGGCAGCAGCGGAGCAAGACGAGCAGGACGAAGAGGACGAAGAAGAUGCGGAGGAGGAGGAGGAGGAAGAUGAAGAAGAUGAGGAGGAUGAAGAUGGGGAGGAGGAAGAGGAGGAUGAGGAGGAGACAACAGAUGAGGAAGAGGAGGAGGAGGAGAAGAAUAGCUCUCCGGAGGCGCAGUCGGCAAGCUCGAGACGAGCUCGUCGGCUCAAAGCUGAGGCGAUAGCGUCGACAACGUCAAUGUCGACGUCGACAUCAACGUCAACGUCAACGUCAACGUCAACGUCAACGGUGUCCGGCGAAACGGAGGAUGGCGGUAAAGAAGGUGUUGACUCGCCGACAGACGAGCACAAAGACGAGCCGUUCAACGUUGCCUUGACUCACUCCGUCGGCGUGGGCCAAGUCCGAGGCCGGCGUCUGAAAGAGGCCAACCACGAGACUUCUGCGUCCGGGCCGACGGGAGAGGAGUCGUGUCGGCCGCGCAGUCUGUCGGUGCGUAGGUCCGGGUCGUCAAGCGGACCGGCGACAACUGUCGGACCGGUCGGCUCGACGGCGAGCCAACCGCCGCGAGUGGGUCCGGCGACCUACAGCAACCCGCGCAUGAAGCGUCAUCCCAACAUGACGCCGCAAGAGUUGAAGAACGCCGAGUACUGGGAGAAACGGCUGCGCAACAACGAAGCAGCGCGACGUUCGCGACAGGCUCGACGUAGCAAAGAGUCCCAACUGGCCAAAUACGCCGACCAGUUGGAGUGUGAAAACGAGGCGCUACGCGACCAAGUGGCCGCCCUCAAAGCCGAAGUGGCCCUGCUGCGCGCAGAAGCCGGUCUCUAG